GACUGCAUAGAUUUAGAUUAUGUUAUAAGGAAGAACAACCUACUUCUCCUACAUAUGAAAGUUCUGCUACUGAUAAAUUGAACUUUGAGAAGUUGGAGCUUUCUAAUUUGCUUAAGUCUAAUGAUGAUAAAGUGCAGCAUUCCUGAAUUUACGUGAUAUUGUGUUGUGCAGUAUUGAACAUCGGAUUUUCCGGACCUAAUUUCGUAUGGAGGCUUUUCUGGAUUCGUUAUGUUCUUCCAGCUUCCAGGGACAAUGAUAUAUGGACGUGUUUGCUGUUCUCCAUCUUCUGCCCAAGGAUAAUGUAAUGAAAAAUCGUUUCGAAGGUUGUUUGAUAAGCAAUUGUUAUUACCUUUCGAAAAAGUUGGAACCAAGGUGUAAUGAACAUAAGUGGUUGCUUGAGAUUGGGUUUGAUUUGAGGAAAAGGCUCGCUUAUCGACAAAUUCCACCACAACCAUAGCCACAUGAGGUCUACCCUGAUCCACGACUACAUCUGGUUAUUAUUCGGGAAAAUCUUCUCGGUGAUUCGAUUUAAAAAAUUGUGGAUGCUGAGCCCAAAAGUUUGACUCGUGGUGUUUCUAUAACAUACUACAAUGAAGCAGGCAAAGGUGACGGGGUUUGCGGGAUUGGUUUGUAUCUCUCGUAAAAGAGAUGAUUAGUGAGUCUCAUGGUGCUUUUCUCUGUUCGGGAAAUGAUCCUGAUGAUCUUGUUGCACGCGAUGUCAUGCGUUUCUACCCCAAGGCAGGAUCGUUAAAGGAUGCCAACUUUUACAUCUGUUUUGGUAGACUCAUUGCCUUGGCGCUGAUUCAUGAGAUACAAAUUGGCAUUGCAUUGGAUAGAUGUCUUUUUGUACAGUACAGGGAAGGUGAUCUAAGGUUGAAAGGUAUUUUGUGCAAAAAGCAGAAAAAGAGAAAAGGGGAUGAAAAUGCAAGAAAAGUCAAAAGUGGAGGAAGAUAAAGAGAAGAAAAUGAAAAAAGGGCUUGAUUGAAAUUAAAGGCUAGGAUUUAAACACCAAACAAGAUAAAUGGAGGACCUAGAUCAUGUCAAAUUACCCCCAAAACCCUACUUUAUGCCUAUUUAAGCAUCUCAUUCUCACCUUUAGCCACAAUUCUAGAAUUUCCAUUUUUAGCUCAACACAAUUUAGUUUUUGCGGCUUUCUUGUGCUAGUUUUGAGUUGCUGGCUGGGUUUAGUUAGAUUAAGAUAGGUUUAUUUGUCUACUGGGUUUGUUUUGAUUUUUGCUGAGUUUGCAUGCAUCAAGUCGUCAAGUGACCGAGUCACUUGCCUUAUGUUGUUGAGUGGCGAAUUUUUGUGAAUGUUUAAGUCCGAGUACUGAUUUUAUAUUGCUAAGUUUUACUUGGUUGUUCAUCAGUUUGAUUUGGUUGAAGCCGAGGUAAUGAAUUCAAAAAGUUGCAGCAUUUGUUCUUA